GAUUUUGCAUGGAAAACAUCACGCUGAUCCAUCCUCCCAUCCCUGGCCGGACGCCGCUGCCUUUCCCAUUCGGAUAUUUAUUAUGGGACUAGGAAUAUCCUUUAUAUCACGCACCCCCAGCUGUCAUUUUAUUGGCUGAUUGGCAUUGGGAGACAUGAGGAUUCUUCUACUUUGACUGAAAACAAAGAGACUGCUAAAUAGAAUAAGCACCACCUUUAACCUGUGGAGCGGGUAUCAGAUGGUUAAAUCCGUGUAUUCCAUACCUUCAGUCUAAGGAGCGACGGGGAAUCUGAGGGGGGGGGGAGACGCGCAGCCAUUAAGGUUCCGUCGGACUGGGUCGCCCCCCACCUAGGAAUGGCUCAUUCCGCCCCCCCAACGCCAUGGACCCAUUAAUCAGGGGGAGCGUGUAGGCAAUGAGUACGGAUGUGGAUAUCCAAUCGCUAGCGGCUCUGGAUUCCGGCCUAUAAAGCCGAUGAUUAAAGGCCAACUAAAAGGGGCGCACGUUAAGAUGACAUAGACCUUUGUUUUGGUGUCUUUCGGAAACUCGCCCGUUGCCAGAACUUCUUUUUUUACUGCCUAUUUUUUAUUCGAGCAAUACCCAGGCGCUCCAUGGAAAAGAUGCCCCGGAACCGAGCCUUUUCCGAGCCGGAGUACUCUGCGGAAUAUUCGGCGGACUAUUCGGUGAGUUUGCCGUCGGACCCGGAGCAUGGGGUCGGCAGGACGCACGAGGUCACCGUCCGGAGCUCCGGUUGCUGCCUCUGCUUGCCGCGCUUUAUGCGCCUCACCUUUGCGCCGGAGUCCUUGGAGAACCUCUACCAGACGUACUUUAGGCGGCAGCGGCACGAGACGCUUUUGGUCCUGGUGGUCUUCGCCGCCCUCUUCGACUGCUACGUUAUCGUCAUGUGCGCCGUGGUGUAUAGCAACGACAAACUGGCGUCGACCUUGGUGGCGGUGGUGGGGCUCUUGGCUCACCUCUUGCUCUUCGUCCUAUGCAAGUUUGGCUUGUUACCGGACCGCAUCUCCCGUAAGUUCGUCCCCUACAUCCUGUGGAUCUUGAUCGCCGCCCAGAUCUUCUCUUACUUGGGCCUCAACUUUGCACACUUCCACGAGGCCAGUGACACGGUGGGUUGGCAGGCCUUCUUUGUCUUCUCCUUCUUCAUCACUCUGCCUCUUCGUCUCACCCCCAUCGUCCUCAUCACGGCGGUGUCCUGCGGCAUCCAUACCCUGGUGUUGGGCGUCACCAUCGCUCAGCAGCAGCAGGAUUCCAUCAAUGGCAAUGCCUUGUUACGGCAGAUCCUGUCCAACGUCGCCAUCUACCUGUGCACCAUCACCGUGGGCAUCAUGUCGUACUACAUGGCCGACCGCAAGCACCGCAAAGCUUUUCUGGAAGCCCGCCAGUCUCUCGAGGUCAAACUCAACCUGGAAGAACAAAGUCAGCAGCAGGAGAGGCUCCUUCUGUCCAUCCUGCCCAAGCACAUUGCCGACGAGAUGCUGAAGGACAUGAAGAAGGACCAGAAGCAGAAGGAACUUCAGCAGUUUAACACCAUGUACAUGUACAGACAUGAGAAUGUCAGCAUACUCUUCGCUGACAUUGUUGGAUUUACGCAGCUGUCGUCGUACUGUAGCGCCCAGGAACUGGUCAAGCUGCUCAAUGAACUCUUUGCCCGAUUCGACAAACUGGCAGCGAAAAACCACCAGCUGCGCAUUAAGAUUUUGGGCGACUGUUACUACUGCAUCUGCGGCCUCCCCGACUACCGGGAGGAUCACGCUGCCUGCUCCAUAAUGAUGGGACUUGCUAUGGUGGAUGCCAUAUCUUACGUGAGAGAGAAGACAAAAACAGAUGUGGAUAUGCGCGUUGGAGUCCAUUCAGGGACAGUCAUCGGCGGGGUCCUGGGGCAGAAACGCUGGCAAUAUGACGUUUGGUCCACAGAUGUCACCUUGGCCAACAAGAUGGAGGCUGGAGGCAUACCAGGAAGAGUCCAUAUUUCCCAAAGUACCUACGACUGCCUGAAGGGGGAGUUUGAGGUGGAGCCAGGGGAAGGGGGUACAAGGUGCGACUAUCUAAGAGAAAAGGGCAUCGUGACCUACCUUGUUAUCGUACCAAAGCAGCCAAUAAACAAGAAUGGCAUCAACGGGGUGAAGCUGUCGCUGACGUCGUCCCACGGGAACUCUCCGCAGCUCAUUAACACCAAGGAAUGCAAUGGCAGCAUCCACACCACCUGUACCACUCCAGAUGAGAACGAGGAGCUGGACACUAGGGUAGUGAAUCCAUCUUUCCCCAACCCGCGCCGACGCCUGCGCCUCCGAGACUUGGCCGAGAGGGUCAUUGAUGCUCAGCAGAACGAGCAGGAACUCAACAAACUUCUCAAUGAGGCUCUGCUGGAGAGAGAGACUGUGCAAGUCCUUAAAGGGAAAUACACCUACCGCUUGUCCAUGCGCUUUAUCAACCCAGAGAUGGAGACGCGGUUUUCUGUAGAGAAAGAGAAGCAGAGUGGAGCUGCCUUCAGUUGUUCCUGCGUCGUGCUGCUAUUCACGGCCAUCGUGCAGAUUCUCAUCGACCCCAUGCUUAUUGCCAACUACGUGACCUUCGUUAUUGGUGAAAUCCUGCUUCUAGUUCUGACCAUCUGUUCGCUUGCAGCCAUUUUUCCCAGGGUUUUUCCAAAAAAAUUAGUUGCCUUUUCUACAUGGAUUGAUCGGACAAGGUGGGCUCGUAACACAUGGGCAAUGUCCGCCAUAUUCAUCCUGACGAUGGCAGAUAUAGUGGAUAUGCUCAGCUGCCUGCAGUACUACGGCACUCUCAAUAUUACGUCCCCCGCUCAAGAAGCUUGGGGGUGCGUUGAGAACCCCAAGUAUUACAGUUACAUUGCCGUCCUGGCUCUCAUAGCCACCAUCAUGCUGGUGCAAGUCAGCCACAUGGUCAAGCUAACGCUCAUGCUGAUGAUCACCAUUGCCGUCGGCGUGGUCAACAUUUACGCCUGGAGACCGAUCUUUGACGAUUACGACAGCAAGAGGUUCAACGGCUACUUGGCUCUUUUGGUUCCUUCCAAAUACUCCAUGACUGCCAUGAUCUUCGUCAUGAUGCUCAGCUUCUACUACUUUGCCCGACACGUGGAGAAGUUGGCCAGGACGUUGUUCCUUUGGAAGAUCGAUGUCCAUGAACAGAAGGAGAAGGUUUAUGACAUGCGGCGCUGGAACGAAGCUCUGGUCACAAACAUGCUGCCCGAACACGUCGCUAGACACUUCUUGGGAUCCAAGAAACGAGAUGAGGAGCUCUACAGCCAGUCAUAUGACGAAAUCGGGGUAAUGUUCGCAUCCAUCCCAAACUUCUCUGACUUUUAUACAGAAGAAAGCAUCAACAACGGAGGCAUUGAGUGCCUGAGGUUCCUUAAUGAGAUUAUUUCCGAUUUCGAUGCGCUGUUAGAUGAACCCCAGUUCCGUUGCAUAACAAAGAUAAAGACCAUCGGCAGCACGUACAUGGCAGCUUCCGGGGUGACUCCAGAUUCCAAUGCCAAUGGAUAUAACAACACUAUAAAGAAAGAGGAAAUCUCGGACAAAGAGCGCUGGCAGCACCUUGCCGACCUGGCAGACUUUGCCCUCGCCAUGAAAGUGACACUAAUGAACAUAAACUACCAGUCAUUUAACAACUUCAUGCUCCGAAUAGGUUUAAAUAAAGGUGGUGUACUUGCGGGUGUCAUCGGUGCACGAAAGCCUCAUUACGACAUCUGGGGGAAUACAGUGAAUGUCGCUAGUAGGAUGGAAUCUACAGGAGUCAUGGGAAAUAUACAGGUUGUAGAAGAAACGCAUGACGUUCUCAAGGAAUACGGAUUCCGCUUUGUGAGACGAGGUCCCAUCUACGUUAAGGGUAAAGGCGAGCUGCUGACGUUCUUCCUCAAAGGACGGGACAAGCAAGGUUCCUUCAUCAAUGGGUCUUCGGUCACCCUGCCGCACCAAGUGGUGGACAAUUCCUGAUGACCAACCAACGAGCCAAGAUGGAGGAGGCGCAGAACCCAGCAGCCAAACAACCCAGUCAAUGCAAAACCCUACAGGCAGAGAAGGAAGACUUUGCAAAUUGCUGUAGUUAAGGACAAAAAAAAA